AUGGACCUGAGCUCGGAGAAAAUAACUCGAAUUCUUUCUAAGUACAAGUUCCAUGAUGUUGCCAUUGAAGAAUUACAGAAAAUCUAUCGCAUCUUCCCGGAGAUAAAACCCUUCACUGGCACAUACACAUUCAGUGACAGCACUCAAAGAGACCUCCUAAAACUGAUUGGCAACAUCCCGGUCAAAUAUGAUGGGCGAACAUAUAACUUCCCCAUUCAGCUAUGGCUAAUAGACUCAUUCCCAUUCACCCCUCCAAUAUGCUUCAUGAGACCAACAUCUAAUAUGAUUAUCCGAGAAGGAAAACAUGUGGAUGCCAAAGGACGUAUUCAUCUGCCUGGACUGCACAACUGGGAUUAUCCUAAAUCCUCUGUUGUUGGACUCUUAAAUGAAAUGAUUGCAAAGUUUGAAGAGGAUCCCCCUUUGUCCUCAAGAAACACAUCCAACAAAGAUCCACACGACCUCCUGGCUAUGGUCUCCAAUUUACAAAUCAAUGACGGUAGUGCCAGAAAUGUCGAUCAACAGAAUAUUAAAGUUUCUGUUAUUGGAGGUGGAGAUUUGGGGAUAGCGUCGGUGCUGAGCAUUGUAGCAAAGUGUAAAGUAGGUAAACUUGUCUUGAUUGAUGUUACGGAGAAUUCCACCAGAGGGGGUAGUACAGAUCUGGAAAUGUUCAACGUCCCAAAAGUGGAGGUAUCCAAAGAUUUGGCGUCGUCGGCCGGCUCCAGAGUCGUGGUGGUGACCGCGAACGCCUGGAGCAGCGAACAGUCGUAUGUGAAGGUGGUGCAGACGAAUGUGGAGAUGUACAGAGGAUUCAUACCACACCUGGCACGGCUGAGUCCCGGCGCGGUCAUCAUUAUCGCCUCCCAACCAGUGGAUAUAAUGACUCAUGUUGCCUGGAGGCAGAGUGGUUUUCCCCCAACGCAAGUGAUUGGUGCUGGUUGCAAUUUGGACUCCGAGAGACUCAGCCGUGUUUUGGACAUAAACCUCAACACGCACAAACAAGCAUGGGUCAUAGGAGAGCUUUCAGAUAACAAAGUCCCUGUCAUGAGUAACACCAGCCUGAACUCCAGUACAAGGGCAGAAAUCGCACCAACGUCAAGUUCUACCAAGCCUUUGUUAGACCGAGGGUUUGAAAUGAUGAAGAAUAAAGGUCAGCGCUCGUGGUCAGUGGGGUUGUCCAUUGCAGACAUCACAAACAGCAUCCUGACUGACCAGAUGAAGGCCCACUCUGUGUCCACGCUGGCUCAGGGCUGGGGCGGCAUUGCUUCAGAAGUCUUCCUGAGUUUGCCUUGCGUUUUGGGCGCCAACGGUUCUACCAGACUCGCUGGCGUGUCGCUGGGAGACGAGGAGGAGUCAAAAUUGAUGGACAGCAUAUCGUCUCUUACAAACAUCAUGGGUCAAAUACAGUUAUGA